AUGUUGUCCGAACAAUUCAUCUCAUCCAUUCGAGCUCAGCCAAGAACUGCGAAUACUGCCAUCGCAAAGGAUAUCGGGAUUUACAUUCAUACAUUACAUCCAUCCCCGAAAAUCGAAUCAAAUUUCAAGAAAAGUUCGACCGCAGUUAAUGCCCUCGCAGCAAAUUCAACUCACAUUUUCGCGGCACAAGCUGAUAAGGCGGUUGUUCAUAUUUACUCAAGGGAACGCGGGAAUCAAGAAGCUUUAAUUUCUUUUCCAGAAAGGUUACACACUUUAACUUUGGUCGGCGAUGAUCUUUUAGUACUGGGUACAGCCGAGGGGCGGGUCAUACUAUGGGAGGUCUGCACGGGUAGACAAGUCUCAACAUCAGCUGCACAUCUACAACCCGUUUCAUGUAUGGCCUCAACUUCAACACACAUCAUUACGGGUUCCGAAGAUUCAAAUCUCCACGUUUGGUCAAUUCCACAACUUUUAUCAUUACAUACAAAUACGAAUGAACCGCAUGAGCCCAUUCGAACCUUGUCAAACCAUCGAGCCGCCAUAACUUCCGUCGUCAUGGGUCAUAGUUCCAGCACAUCAAAUAUAUGCAUAUCUGCGAGUAAGGACAAUUCAAUAAUUGUUUGGAAUUAUCACACGGGUGAUCUUCUAAGAACAUUCCUACUCCCAUCAACUCCAUUAUGCAUGGCACUGGACCCAUGCGAUCGAGCUGUUUAUACGGGUUUCGAAGAUGGUUCAUUACAAAUGAUUGAACUCAUUCAACCAAAUUCAGCAAUCAAUCCAUUAUAUGAUACCCGACUACAAAAUACCCCAGUCCAAGUUAACUCGCCGGUUUGGUCCCCGCCAUCAGAGAAUCUUGGUGCUGUACAUUGUUUAGGGCUGAGUUAUGAUGGAACAAGUUUGUUCUCGGGACAUUCUUCUGGAAAGAUUGCCCACUGGGAUACUGGAAGACGUGCUUUCUUGGUAGAACUUUCGGAUUUGAAUGCUCCCGUGACAAACCUUGUUAUGCAAUCUCCUUUCCCAAAGACACCAAAGACAAAAUCAAUAAAUGUAGUUAAGCCUAAAUUGGCCGAGGGUAAUUAUGCAUUCACAGCUCAACUGAAUGGUACCAAAAAGUCAACGACGUUUGAUCAAGCCAUGGAGUAUCAAGGAUUUCCUAAGGGUAUGCUAGAGAAAGCAUUACUUGAUUUUGCUCAACCUCAAAUUACAGCUACAUCUUCGUCUUCAUCUCCGUCCUCCAGCGAGGAAGAAAAGUUGCGAAAGAAAACGCGGAAUUAUGGAAGGUUAUUAAUGAGCAACGUGCUCUUCAGAAGAAAACCUUUGAGAAGUAUUCCGAAUUAA